AUGAUGGUCCAAAUCCGCAAACCCCUAACUUUUACAGACCCCCGAGAGAUGGAAGCAAGAGCCAAAGAGAAGCUGAGCGAGGGCGGCUGGUACAUACUAUCCCUAUACACGAAACCAGCGAUAUCCCAAGACACAAAACUGACCCAAAACGCCAACAGGUACUACGCCUCCUCUAACGCAGGAAUGUCAAACACACACCUCGCAAACCGACAAGCUUUCUACCGCCACCGACUAAUCCCAAACCAACUUAUCGACACCAAUAAGCGCUCAACGACAACAACAAUCUUCGACCACAAAGUAUCCGCCCCAAUUGGCUUUGCGCCAAUCGGAAUCAACAAAAACUACCAUCCAUCCGACGAAGCCGCUGUCUCAAAAGUCGCCAGCGAGCUCAACCUCCCCUACUGCCUCUCCACAGCGGGUAGCACCUCGAUUGAAAAAGUCGCAUCCGCAAAUGGACCUGCCGGCACACGAUUUUUCCAACUGUACAUGCCACACGACGACGAAUUAACCGUCUCACUCUUAACACGAGCAUGGGAAAACGGAUUCGACGCCCUGAUUCUCACGACAGAUAUAUGGCAGCUCGGAUGGCGCCAUGACGAUGUUGCGUCGUCGAACUAUGCAUUCUACCGCGGAUUUGGUGCUGAGAUGGGACUUUCAGAUCCUAUUUUUCGGAAGAGAUGUGCUGCGGGUGGGAUUGAUCCUGAUGUUGAUGUCGUUGCUGCAUCAACGAAAUGGAUUGAUUCUGUCUGGCAUGGACGGGCUUGGUCUGGGGGACGGCCAUUUGUUAUCAAGGGGAUUCAGUCCGUUGGUGAUGCAAGGAGGUGUGUUGAACUUGGGGUUGAGGGAAUUGUUGUGAGUAACCAUGCCGGAAGGCAGGUUGAUGGAGCUGUUGCUAGUCUGGAUGCUCUGGAGAGGAUUGCUGAGACUGUUGGGGAGACGAUUGGUGUUAUGUUUGAUUCUGGAGUCAGGGGGGCGAGUGAUGUCGUUAAGGCAUUGGCGCUGGGGGCGAGGUUUGUGUUUAUUGGACGGCUUUGGAUUUGGGAGUUGAGCAUUCAGGGUGAGGAUGGGGUUAGGCAUGUUAUGAAGUCGUUGCUGGCGGAUUUGGACAAAUUGAUGGGUGUUGCUGGGUUCAACGGGGUUGAGGAUUUCAAUCGGGAUAUUCUUGAGUCGGAUCCGAAGAAUUAUACGCUCAUCCCGCAGAAGACUCUGUGA